AUGGGAAAAUACCCUUCACCCUUCCUUGCCACGUCUACGAACUUUGCAACGCUCCUGUCGGGAUGUGCCUUUCUUGCACUGGUCAUCUCGAUGCCCGUUCUGUUCACCAUCAUGAACAACAUCGAGGAGGAACUGAUGGAAUCACGCGAAGUCUUCAGUGAGAUGACCAACGUCAUGUGGAAAGACCUGAUGAACGAGAAUGACCUUAUCCGCAGAACGUCCCGUCAAGCCGCUUACAGACAAGACGCUGGAUCCGCCAGUGGAGGAGUUGCUGGAGCUGGAGCUGGAGGAGCAAGUGCACAAUUUGAGUCUGGAAGUGGAGGAUCUGGAUCUGGGCAAUCCGCUGCUCACGGUGGCGUAGGAGGCGGAGGAGGCGGAGCGAGCUACAACAGUGGCGCUGGUGGAGCUGGUGGAGCUGGUCUACACGGUGGAGCUGGUGGAGCUGGUCUACACGGUGGAGCUGGUGGAGCUGGUGGAGCUAGUGGAGCUCAUGGAGCUGGUGGAGCCGGUGGAGGUGGUGGAGUCAACACCUGCCCACCUGGACCGAAGGGUCCCAAGGGAGCUCCUGGAGAAAGAGGAAUCGAUGGUAAUCCUGGAUCUGCUGGACUGCCUGGAAGAUCUGGGUUGGCAGCGAAUGGCCUGUCUGAUGCAGAGUGUGCUCCAUGUCCCAGAGGCCCACCUGGUCCACCCGGAUACAAAGGAAAGCAUGGUGCACGUGGGCCAAAGGGCGAGAAGGGCCCACAAGGAAAGCCUGGUGAGGAUGGAGCUCCCGGAGAUGAAGGUGUGGAUGGUUCACCAGGUCUUCCUGGACCAGUCGGUCCUCAAGGAGAAAGAGGACCACCUGGACUUGACGCCCGCGGCACAGUCAAAGGAGCUCCAGGACCUCAAGGAGAGAUGGGACCACCAGGAAUGCCCGGAGAUGAGGGUCUUCCAGGAGAGCGUGGAGAUGAUGCUUUGCCAGGACCACAAGGACCUCCUGGACCUGUAGGAGCACCCGGCGAGACCGGCCCACCUGGUUUCCCUGGUCUUCCUGGUCGUAGUGGAAGGAACGGUGAUGAUGCUGAAUACUGCCCUUGCCCCGAUAGAUCGAAAAAGCGUAAGUUCAAGGUUUCAAUAACACGCAAGCUCCCAAAUUACGAGUUAUCCAACAUUCAGCAGCCUAUGCACUGCCAAAAGAGGACAAUCCCACUAGGAGAAGGAGCUAUCGUAGCCACAGCUGGAGGAGCAUCGGCCAACAAGGACUUCAAUGCCGUAGGUCCAGACGGUGGACCUCCAGUCUCGGAUGGUGGAGCUCGCGUUGUUGCUAGCCCA